CAUUUAAAAGUCAAUCAAAUCAGUCAAUUCUUUCAGUAAGUUAACAUGGUUCUUAAUUGUAUUUGGUCAAUUUCUUUAAUCACUCUAUUAACAAUUACAAGUGGUAUUUCCUGUGAUGAGUUGAAACAAUUUAAUGAAUCAAUUUCAAUCUCUGAGAUUUCCGCUGGUGAUACUAAUGUAAUUUUCACCAUUUAUGCUCCUCUUGCAGUUCUCGAUGAUUAUAUUCAAAGGUUCGAUAUAACUUAUCAACUGAUCGGUGUUGAUGGUCAGUCUCAACCGAAAACAGAGUCUUAUCGCCCUUCGAGUACUGGUUAUCGUUAUGACGUUGAGAUCAAAGAUCUCGAGCCAAAUGGACAAUAUAUAUUCAACAUUAUCGCGAUUUAUGGUAAUAGGAAUGGUACAUCGGAAUACUUUUUAGCCGCAUUCGAAAAGGAUAUCGAAUUGACCUUACAUCCAUUGGCACCUAAAAACUUUGUAACCAGAGAGCUAAUUAUUAGACUAGAAGGAAACAAAGUGGCAAAUUAUUUCGUACAAGUUGAUAGGGUCACAAGUAUCAACGAUCUACAUCAAUGAGCCACCGCAAAGAUAAAGUAAUCGUCACUACGAUUUCUAUUAAUAUAUGAACUAUUAUAUUAUUAAUAAGAAGCAAAUAAUACAUUUUCAGUAACAGAUUUACAAUUAGUUCUGGUUAGAAUUAAACUUUUCGAUU